UUUGGAGCGAACUGCGUUCUUGUUGCCUUUGGAGGGGUAGUGAGGGGACCCCGCGCCUUACAGUUUAUAUUCAGAGCACCAAUCAAACUGAGCAAGCCUGGAGAACUUCGUGAGGAGUAUGAAUGUCUAAGAAAGCUGAGAGAAGAAAAGUUACAGGAAGAAAAAACUUGUGAAGAUAAGAUCCACAAAGUCCUGCAGGAGGAUUCAGAAAUGGGGAAAAGGAAAACAGAUGAACAGAAAACUAGAGAUGAACCAGUAGUGCUGAAAACAAGUCUGGAGCAGUGUCCUGCACGUCUCUCGGAUUCAGAGAAUGAAGAACCUUCUAGGGGCCAAAUGAUACAGACGCAUCGCUCAGCCUUUGUCUCCAAGAACAACUCCUACUCCUUAGCUUUCCUGGCAGGGAAGCUAAACACCAAGGUGCAGAGGAGUCAGAGCUGCAGUGACACGGUUCAGGACCGAGUGAAGAGCAGGCUCAGAACAGCUCCACCCAACAGAGCCAAGGUCACAACUAUAACCCCAGGUUCCACCCCCAUUAUUGGUGUUCUCUUAUCCACUCAAAACAACCGCUGCCUCUCAGCUCCUGACUUAACCAUAGAAAAGCGCCUGCCCUUCAGCUCCCUUUCAUCCUUGACUUCCUUGCAUAAGCCAGAGCGCUCUAUCAGCCCUGAAAGCAAUGACAGCAUCUCUGAAGAACUAAACCACUUCAAGCCCAUCGUCUGCUCACCAUGCACCCCUCCCAAGAGACUCCCUGACGGCCGUGUGCUAAGUCCUCUCAUCAUCAAGUCAACACCUCGUAACCUGAGCAGAAGCCUUCAGAAGCAGACUUCCUACGAGGCUAGUCCACGGAUCCUCAAGAAAUGGGAACAAAUCUUCCAGGAACGGCAGAUCAAGAAGACUCUUUCCAAAGCCACUCUCACCUCCCUGGCCCCUGAAGGAGGGGAGGAGUUACCGGGCGCUGAAGCUAUCCAUUCUAACAAGGAGAGGCCACCUCUGGCUCUAAGUACAAGACUGUCCAGGGCCCAGGUGCUCUCAGAGUGUGUUGGGCCCACAUCCACUACCCUUGAGUAUUUCCCUUCUGUUAACCAGACAGAAGCAGAACAGGACUAUGUUAGAAAAAGGAGCCAUGAGGUCCCACUGGAAACCUGCCAUUCCUCAGAGCACAGAGUUAUAGCCAGUGGGCCUUCUUUGGAAGGAGAGCAGUUUGAGGAGUCAAGGUCCGCCCUAGAUGCCACGUUAGACAAAACUUGCAUGAGCACAGUCAUGAAGACUUCAGCAGUUAAUUCAGUGCUACCCAAAAAUGAUGUUUUGGGUGGGGUCCUCAAAACAAAAAAACAGCUGAAGACACUCGGUCAUUUUGAUCUGGCUAAUGGCAUUCUGGUCGACAGCCUAGGAGAGGAGUCAAUUCCUUCCCUGCGUCGGGGCCGGAAAAGGCGUUGUAAGACCAAGCACUUGGAACAAAAUGGUGUUAAGAAACUGCGACCACCCAGCAGUGACAUGGGCCUGGCCCCCAAAGACCCAGGGCUGCUUGAGGUGGGGCGGAAAUGGCAGCAGGAGGAUGCGAGCUCAAUGGCUCUGCAGUCACAGCGCAUAUUUGACAGUGAGAGGCGGACUGUGAGCCGGCGGAAACGAAACAUGGAUCAGUAUCUCUUACGGUCCAGCAGCCUGGCUGGGGCCAAGUAGCACUUACUGAACAAUGUAAUGUUACGGCUUCUCAGAAGCCUUGACCUCAGUCAUUUAUCCAAAAGAACUAGCUGAAUGGUCUCACUUUAAGUUUCUUUCGAUGGCAAAACACUGUCUAAUACGAAUCUGAGGGGCUUCAGGAUCUUGGUAAUCAAAGCCAAGGGUCUGUAUCUUUGGCUCUGUAGAACCUGAGCCAUGCUUCUCACCCCAAGUGAGCCAACUCUGAAGGCUUCUGGGCCCAAAUCUGGCAGCACCCACUUGGAAUGAGAUUGAGAUUGGCCUCACUCAUGAACGUGAUGGCUGGAGUUAGAGAUGGCAGGGAGAGAGUACCUUCUCACACUCGUGAGACCCCCCAGCUUCUUACGACAGAGUAGUAGUUGCAGAUAAAGAUCCAUUCUUCAGAGACAAGCAGUGCAGUGCUUGGGAAGAUCCGAGAUGAACAGGUGAUCAUGUUCGUCUGUCUUCCCUAUGUGACUCUACAUACCUAAAUCAGUUGAGCUUAGAACCUUUGCUUCUCCAGAAGUUAAUUUGCAUUCCCUGUUUAAACUAUGACAUUUGACUGAUGCUGUGAUUGACACCUGGCCUUGGUGUCAGCUCGAUGAAGCUGCAGUGCAGGUGUUGAGGUUCUCAGCUGCCGAGUGGUAUUGCCCAGGCUGACCACUGUGUCUCCUGGAUUCUCCACAAUCACAGGGUGCCCGAGGGCAUGCAUGCCAGGGCGACCUAGGGAGACUGGCUGGGCACUGAGUGUGACAGUGUGAAGCCCCCUUGGAGCAGCUGACGUUGCUGAGAUGUAAACGGUAGAACUGCAGUGGUCUCACCUACCCCGUUUACAGACUCUGCUUCCCCAGGAGCCCUAGCCAGAGAUAGCUAUGAGGUUUCCUUACUACUUUCCACUUGGCGAUGGCUAUCUGAAAUUUUGGUCUAAAAAUCAUGAAAAACUUGCCCCAAAGUCAGGCAAAGGUCAAUGCUGAGACUCCCAUACUGUGGAAACAAGGUAUCUAGCUGGAUGCAGCUGGUAAAUUCAGUCCCAUGGACCUUUGGGGUUUAUUUUUCUUAGCAGCUGACACCAUGUGUCUUUUGCAUCCCUGGUGGUGCUUGGUGCUUCUGCCCUUCUGGGCUCAGUGAGAAUAGGGAUUCUGAUAGGAUUUUAGGACUCUCAGGUGGGCUGGUGUUCCCUUUUUCUGUAUGAGCUGUUACCAUAGUCAUGUGAUUGGCAUUUUAACAAACCUUCCGGAGCUUCUAUACCCACCCUAUGCUGUCUCCCUUGAAAGGUCUCAGCAGGAUACUGCAUAAUUCUCCAGUGAAGUUGCCUUUGAUCAGAGAGUUUCUGAAACAUUCAAAGUGUAGAAAUAGCUAGAGGAUAACCCCCUCCUCAGUGGCAACAGGAGGUUACCUGUAGUUCUGUUUCCUCGGGGCACAUGUCAGUUUUUUGGGAUUGUAGAAGAGAAAACCUCACAUUUGGAAUUAGCCCAAAGGUGAUUGAAGCUCCUAGAGAGGGGAAGGAGCACAUGGAGUCCCAAGAAAGCUGUCCCUUGGAGCAGACGGAGAUCUUUCUCUGCAGCUCAGAACUGACUGUUCCCAGGGAUGCUGGUUGUGUGUGGCCAUCGCCGAGAUAGGUGGCUUCAGAGGUUGCUCUGGUGGGGAACUGUGAGUCCUGGGGUGUGGGUGUGUUUUUAAAACAUGCAAUAGUCUCAUUACUUUAUAGUCACACCAUUUACUUCUUGUCCUAGGUAACUUCAGGCUUUAGGGGCUGCUAGAAAGCAUGUUAAUGCCCAAAUAGGAGGGCUGGCCCUGGUCUGCAGAUACAAGGAGAUUCCAUUAGAGAAAACUUUGAAAUUUUUGCCAUUUUAUAUUUCUUUUAUGAUCUUAGUAAUUAUUAUUGGAAGGCUAGUCUUACUGGGUAGUAGCAAAGACACUUAUUUUUCCACAUGCCACCCUUUUAUAUGCCAUUAAUCAUUAGAAAAACACUUUCAGUUGGAGUUAAUUUUUGGUUUUGGGAAAAAGGUAAAAUAUUUUUAAUAGAUGAGAAAUAUAUAUUUUAAAUAUCCCCCUGCCCCUAGUUACUGCCUUGACUUUAAGAGUGUGCACAGCAGUAGUGACAAGCAUGACUGCAGGUGCAGUGUUGCUGUUGCUGAGUGAGUACAGUGAACACUGGGCUGGCCUGGGGCCAUCUCUGUGCACCCCGAGACCCGGUGUGCUGUGGUCAGUGUUUCCCAUGCUUCCUGCUGAGCAGUCGUUCUUGAAGUCAAGGCAGAACAGUUUACAUUGAGGAGGAAAGGCUUUCUUUUUAGUCCGCUUAGCUUUGAAGGUGGGAAAACUACUAAAGCGCUGCAUGCAAGAUGCUGUAACAUGUAGUCACUGGACAGUCCUUUACAGCUACAGUUGUUGACAUGGGUUCCUACAGAGUAGAGAGACACGGGAAAUAGAACGGUCGGGAGAGCUGAUGAGCUAGAGUGAAAGACGUUACUUCACUGCCCUCGUUCUGCUGUGCUCCUUCUGUAUGUGCAUUCUGCUUCUUUUGUUUUCUUAUUAAAGAGGAAAUUAUGAGUAAGAGGAGGGUGAGUCUUUCUGAUGGGACAUUAAGAGAUGUGCCAUUCCUCAAAAGGGUUUGGUAGCCCUUCUCCAGGAAGGUAACCUUAGUGACAUUCAUGAGUAGCUGACUGUACCUGUUGGAAGAUGUCAUCUGGACCAGAUGGAUUGGUAUCAAGUCAGGGAUUAUUCAACCAGCCACUGGCCUCUGUCCCUUAGUUACCUCUUUUUAAAAAAAAAAAUUUAAAAAAAAGUCUGGCUGAGGCUUGUCUAGGAAUUCUUUUCCCAGCUGAGUUUAUUUGUUAAAAGAAACAAAACAAAAAAUCCAAAACUUUUUUUUUGUAGGGAGAGUAUACUGGUCAUAAAUGUCCUUUAUUAUUUUUUAAGGUAAAAUGCCCCAUCAGAGAGUAAAGCUUUUCAUUAAUUAUUGUCUGGUUACAAACUAGCCACUGACUAACAUGGGCAGCGGCUGAUUCAGUAGGCACUUUUGAGCUCCUAGACCACCCCACCCUGUGCUGGACCAUAGGAUAGUCCCCGUUGGGAGGGGGCAUGCACGUGUGUUCGGCCAGAGAGUGUGUUAAUGAUCUCUGAACAGCCAUUUCCUCUAUAGCAGUGGGAACUAGCACUUAGCUUGCCACCAGCAACAUUUCCCAUACAUCGUCAGUAUUUAUGAGCUGGUUAACUCUGUCUUUUCCCGUUCCCUAAAUAACUUUCCCAGGGAAGAGUGGAUGUUCUCCUGCAGUGAUUAUAGAACAGUCACCCUGUUCAGAAGCUGCAUUUACGUCAAGUCCUAAGAAAUGAGGCAGGUCUGGAUCACUGGCAGGGCCAAAGAAGCCAUUCUUCAUUUUAGUGAUCUCCUAAUGCGUUCCCCAAGCUGACCUCUCACCAGAACCAAUAGUGACCUGGGGUUUCUUCUUCCUAGCUUGUCACUGAAGUGGAGAGCCAUCAGGAGAGGGUAGAGGCUAGCUCAUCAUCAUGGGAUAUUAAAGCUGGACCAGCCCCAGCCCCACUUUAAAUGAAGACCCACUGUUCUGGUUUCUACUGUAGUUCUCUAGGGCAGGAUAAUAGUGAAGGUCACAUAAUUUGUGGAUGUAGGGGACACCCAAGUGACAGAGGUUUUAGAAUGGCUGUUUUUGUUUCUUUCAGUUAAGUUGUACCUAUAUCCCCUGAUUAUAUCCAUCAUAUACAGAGUACUUAGUAGGGAAAACCCUGUAGUGUGAACUAAGUAAUAAGUGGAAUUUUAUUGUAGUUAUUUUAAUUACAGCCUUUGCUGUUUCUUUCAGAAUAAAAUUCCUUAGGGUCUUACACCUUUCUUAGCCAGCCCUUUGCUCCUCAGCCAUAGGAUGCUCCCUAGACUUAGUGUUUAGAGAGGAUGGAACUGGUUAAAGUCUCCUGACCCAGGAGGGUGCGAGGACUAGGUUGCUGCACACAUUUUCUUAGAUGACCCAGAAACGCACCUUUCACCGUAGCAUUCUGAAGACUGUUCUGUAGAAGACAUGUAGGAACACACAGAGGUUUCAACUUAGUCAAAGUGGAUGGUGGAAGAGGCACCAAACCCACGUGACCAGACUGCUUUGUGUCUGCCAGUUUUUCUUCUGAGGGGCAAAUGAACUCUUGUGUCCACUUUGUGGUGUCUCAGGUCUAGAAGGAGUUAGACAAAGCCAUGCUAAGAUCAGGUUCGUUCCUCUCCCUUCCCUACCACCAAGUGUGAGCACAGACAGUGCAGGCUUCAGUGUCAGACUGUGCAGGGUGUAUCCUUCUUCUGGUGCCAGAUUCCUGUAGCAGCCAUCAGUUCUCCCUCCAAGCUGAGAUUCCAGUUUGCAUCAGACAUGACCAUCAGCCCUAAGCUCCAGCAAAGCAAGAAACAGAUACUAUGCAAGACAAGUGGGUGUUCUUUUUCUCCCUUCUUCCCUCUCCCCCUCCCUCUCUCUGCACCUGAUACACUGUUUACUCUUAACUGUACAGAUAUAAUUGUCUUAAGAGCCAAGAGCCAAACCUUUCCACCUAGAAAUAUAAAAUGGUUGUCUCUUUGGUUUUAGGCAACCUGCUAUAGCUCCUUGUGGUCUGGUGGUUGUGACUUACUCUACCUGUUUACAUUAGGAUCGGAGAAGGGGCCCUGCAUCCUGGUGGACUGCCACUGCUGUCUGUAACCCCUAGACUCAUAAAGAGCCUUUUGACAGAGGACUUGGGACAAGGUAUGCCCUGUCAGGGAUGCUUUUCGCCACAGUGAAAUGGUGUGGAAUUGAGUGGGAUGUUGUACGACUAAAACAGAACCAAAGUGCAUUCUUCAUGUGUAUGUGCCUGUUCCAGGCGAGGCCCAGGUUGGAAAUGCAGUAAAGCAGACUUGUGAAAGCAAACAGUCUACUUCUGAUUAGUCUCGAGAGACCUGCGUCUGACAGUGUGGACUGAGCUCAAGGCAGGUGUUUGGGUGCUGUCCUGGGGCAGGGAGGUACCUGGGAUGGAAAGGCACUGGAAAGCGGUCUCCACAAGGAACAAAUAUACCUUUUGAUGUAUUCUAAUGGACAGUAUUUAGUUUCCUGACCUCUCUUGACCAUCCCUACUUCUCUGAAGGCACAGUUUGCAUAAAGAGUGACUUGUGGGGUGCCACCAUCCUUGUCCCUUACAGCUGUACUUAGAAAUAUGAUUGUUAAACGUACUCUUCUUUGGAACCAUUGCUCAGAAAGUCAUAAAAAAUACCUUUGA